GUCUUAAUCUCUCACUGUAUUUCGUCCGAGUCGUUGCUAGUUUCACGAUACUUUUUAUAUGUUUUAAUCGUGAUUAUAUUACAGUUAAAUAAGAAUAAUUAUAACUAUGACUCUUAAAAUAAAUGCCGAAACUAAUUAUGGUGAUAGCGAGCCAUGCGUCGCUGCGUGGAGCAAUAAAUUGUUUGUGGGCACAGAAAAUGGAUUUAUUGCCUCUUUUAACCCGGAUUUAUCUCCAGCCACAAAAUGGGCAGCUCACGAAGUUCAAAUAUUUGCACUAGCUGCAAAUGAUUCUAGCGUCUUCUCCGCUUCAAAUGAUGGCAACAUAAGAGUAUGGAAUACGAAUGGUGAAAAAAUCAAAGAGAUUCCAACAUCUGGUUCAGAUAUUGAAUCUUUAUUUAUCCAUGGAAAAAAUUUAUAUUCAGGAGAUGAAGCAGGAAACGUGUUUGUUUUUGAGAAUAAUGAGCCAAAAGCCGCUUACAGUGUAUUAGAAGAAGUAAAAGAUAUCAAAGUGAACCUACCCUAUAUGUUCACUGCUCGAGACCUUUACGUUACCGUAACGGAAAUUAAACCUGAAGAAUCAAAAGAUCGUUUCGUCACUCGGCAUGUAAUGGAAGGACGAGCUCCGUUAGCCCUGCUACAGCCAUAUCUUCUGACGGUGGCCAGAGGUGGUUAUAACUUGCAAUUACACGAUUUAUCUUUUGAAUCAAGAUUUAAGAAGCUUCAUGAAAUUAAGGCAAGCGACAUGAUAGUAACGUCUCUGUCAGCAAUUGACACAUUUGCGUGGACUGGAGGCUGGGACGGUAUAGUUCGCCGUUGGAAGAUAGCGGAUAACAAGAUAGAAGCAGCUGGAGAAAUCAAUCUUGGAUGUUGUGUUAAUGCGUUAGUUGCAACCACAGCCGAAGAUGCCUAUGCCAUCCUGACAGGAGGACGAAUAGUUCAUGUUAAAUCAGAAUAAGAUCUCAACUAUCGUCUGUUUAGAAUCUAGAAUAAUCUAACAUUUAUGAAAUCUGAUGGCACCUCUUCACAAUCGGCGAUUAGACGCGAGCACGAUCGAAUGGAGGGCUUAUUCGCUUCUAGUCGCCGAUCAUCGUCAUAGUGAUCGUCGGUUUUUCGGGCACGCAUCAAAGGGAAUUCGCGUGUAGUUGCGUGCGCGUGCCCACACGAUCGCCUGUCAUUUUUUCACUGGAAGACACUGGACAGUAAGCGAAGCCAUGCGUACUUCGCCUCGUCGCGUUGUUUUCUUUUCCUUUUAUUUACAUAGCGCAAGUGCGAUACAGUGACUACUGAUUGGUCAAAUGAAGAAACAUUUAAAUUCAUAGAACUUUAUCAGAACUACCCAGAAAUAUGGAAUCCCAAACAUAAAUAUUGUAUACUGAAAUUAAUUGAUUGGUAGCAGCAGCUAUAAACUCCACACGUCCAUCUUGAAGGACUGCUGCUCAAUAAAUGAUCACGGACGAUCGUGUGGAUGCUUACACGAUGAUCAACGAUUUACUUGCCGAUGACAGACGAUUAUACAAGUAACGAUCAUCGCCGAUAGUGGAGAGGAGGCAUGAAACCAACCAUCAUGUAUAUACACCGCCUGGUAGUCUCUUCCCACAACAGCCUAAGACUACGUCACCAAGAUACGUGUUACUAUUGAUUGUCCUUUUCAGUAAAUUUAGUUACGUCCUCGUUGAAUUAAUGAAAAUAAAAUAAAUUACUAACUAGCUUAACUAAUUAGUAAGUCGUGUGAUUCAUCUAUUUAGAUUUAAAUCAACUUACGUAUUGAAUUGUUGGUUUAUAAUUGCUUAAUUAAGAGAAAAAAAUACGGGUUGGAGUGCCGGCAGAAGUGAAAACUUGAACAUUAACGUUGUGCAGUUUUGAAUAAUUUGGAAUGGUAAGGGAAUAAUUUUGCACGAAUUGCUUUAUUUAUUAAUAUAAAAGUACUAGCAUUAAUGUGGUUAAAUACAAUAUUAAUUUGUUGCACUAUCGUACACAAAAUUGACAAUUUAAAUUACAUUCAAAAUUUUAACAAUUCAGAUCUAUUACAAUUAUUUUACCUUAAAAAGUUUAUCUCUCAGAAAAAUCAACUUUCAUCCAUUAUUUCAACGACCGUCUUACGAAUUUUCGAUCAUGUCACGUGUCCUGACGCGAGUUUAACAUUUUAUACACAUACCCAAGAAGUUUUCACUUCAAAAACACAUUUUUCUGGGGUAAUUCAAUCACACACAGUGGUAAGACAUCGCAUUGACAAGACGUGUCAUACUAACAGCUCACCAUUUCAUUCACUGACCUUUAUAAAUAUAGUUCAUCGCUAGUCGCGUGGCUCAUUUAUAGCGUUGUUUCACUUGAAAAUUGUUCGAGAACCGCAUCGCAACUGAUGACGUAUUCUUAGCCCAAUCACGUGACCCAACUGUCACGGGAAGAAAAUACCAGGUGGAGUAUAUUAUUACAUAAUAUACUGUACCAUGAAACCAGCGAUUUUUUGUUCGGUAUUUCAAACAUUUUGUCGUGUUUACUUUUGAGUUCUGUUUCGAUAUUUGUAUUUUUAUAUUUUUGAGUAAAUUUUGUAUCAACUUAA